AUGAAAAUCCCUGAAAAUCCCAUUAAACAACCGUUACGAAAACAAAGCAAACGAAAAUCUAGAGAAAAUACAGAUAGUAAAAGAGACACAAGUUAUUCUAUCUUAGCUCUUAAAUCACAACAAGAAUUUUUUGAACCGGUUGAGCAAAAUACACAAUAUGAAUUUGAAGAAACAAAUAAUCAAGGUAUUAAUUGA